GCCUGAUUGCGUGGGAACCUUCUCUGCAAGAGCCUUAGCGGAUUGUGGCGGCUCCCCUCGUCCUCGCUAUGUCUGGCUGUCACUCUGCGGAGGGAAAUUGUUGCACGCGGAGGUGCGACGCGCAGAACAAGGAACAUCCAAGAUACCUGAUCCCAGAGCUCUGCAAACAGUUCUACCAUUUGGGCUGGGUCACUGGGACUGGAGGCGGAAUUAGUUUGAAGCAUGGCAAUGACAUCUACAUUGCUCCUUCAGGAGUGCAAAAGGAACGAAUUCAGCCUGAAGACAUGUUUGUUUGUGACAUAAAUGAACAGGACAUAAGUGGGCCUCCCCCAUCUAAGAUGCUAAAAAAGAGCCAGUGUACACCUCUUUUUAUGAAUGCCUACACAAUGAGAGGCGCAGGGGCAGUGAUUCACACCCACUCUAAAGCAGCUGUUAUGGCCACUCUUCUCUUCCCAGGACGGGAGUUUAAAAUCACACAUCAAGAGAUGAUCAAAGGAAUAAAGAAAUGUACCUCAGGAGGAUAUUACAGAUAUGAUGAUAUGCUAGUGGUCCCCAUUAUUGAGAAUACACCUGAAGAGAAAGAUCUCAAAGAACGAAUGGCUCGUGCAAUGAAUGAAUAUCCAGACUCCUGCGCAGUAUUAGUCAGACGCCAUGGAGUCUAUGUCUGGGGAGAGACAUGGGAAAAGGCAAAAACCAUGUGUGAAUGUUAUGACUAUUUGUUUGAUAUUGCCGUAUCAAUGAAGACAGUAGGACUCGAUCCUACACAGCUUCCAGUUGGAGAAAAUGGAAUUGUAUAAAUAAAAUCAAAGUUGAAUUAUAUGAAGAUAAAGGAUCUUAAUUAGCAUUUAAAUGAAACUGGACUACUUUAAAAAAUGAAUUAAAAGCUUUCAUGUCACUAAGUGCUGUGGAUAAUCACCCUGAAUCUCUUCUGAUAAUGAAUGAUUUUGCUUAUAUUCUUAUAAUUUUAAAUGAUAACACAAUGGAAUAAUUAUUUUAUAAUAAAUAUUUUUAUGUUUAUUUUA